CGUUUACAAGCACACAAACACGCUCAAAUUUAUCGUCCUUUGUCCGCACAGACUGACGGACACUGUUAUAAGGCAACGACGUCGUAACCUGGCACAAGGACAACCGUGAAACGACUGACGGCGUACUUUUUUUUUUUUUUCUUCUUCUGACACUGAAGAAUUUUUGGGGGUUUCCGUAGCGAAAGAAAAGAAAAAAUAAUAAUAACAAUAAAAAAAAGAGAGGUUUUAAGAAAAGGAAAAAAGAAAAACAAGAAAUGUACCGACGAAAAGUCUAGAUUGUUCUGGAAUUCCAAGGCAUUAACGGGCUGGAGUGCCGGACCUGGUUCGUCGCGUGUCGUUGUGGUUGAACACUUCCUUGCUAACCGAAAGGAAAAGCCCUUUGCUUUUGCGCUCUUCUAUCUUUACGAAUCAAUUUUCACUGUCGACGAUCAAAUCGGUCGGACCUUCCUCCUACGUCAUCUCUGAUUUCAGGCUCGGCAGCAUCCAAUUAGCAUGGCAGAUCAGCACUCAGGUGAAGGCUCAAGUACUAGCAAUAUGGAAAGUUCUGAUGCAACUGUUCAGAUCAAAAUUAAGACCCUAGAUUCUCAGAUUUACAAUUUUGAGGUGGACAAAAAUAUGCCUGUCUCCUUGUUUAAGGAGAAAAUAGAAAAUGAAACUGGUGUCCCAGUUGGUCGGCAACGGCUGAUAUUCAGGGGAAAGGUCUUAAAGGAUAAUGAUCUUCUUUCUGAUUAUCGUGUGGAAAAUGGACAUACACUGCAUUUAGUUGCAAGGCAACCAGCAGAAUCACAAGCUUCAUCCGGUACAAGCCCUGGUGAGACUAAUGGACCUAAUGCCAGUCAAGUCAAUGAAGCUAGCACAGGUGCCCCACGUAAUCGUGUUGGUCAAAUAUCUCAUAGUGUAGUUCUUGGGACAUUUAAUGUUGGGGAUCAAACUGAAGCCAUUGUUCCUGAUCUUACUCGGGUUAUAGGGGCAGUCCUGAAUUCAAUUGGAGUUGGCGGCCAGAAUUUGAGUAAUGUUACUGGCAUCAAUCCAUCUACUACUACUUCGAGUAAUCCUGGUCAGUUUCCCCAAGGAAAUGAAACAGAAGGAAUGCAUGGUAAUGCUGGUGGUCAGAGCCAAGCGGGAAAUCAAGCAUCGUCUGGGCAAGUUUUUUCCAGUCAACAAUUUCAAACUCUGCAUCAAGCCGGGCAAGUGCCUCUUGCUGCUUCAGCCAUUCCCAUUCCUUCUCUAAAUGUGCCAAUUCCAGACUCCCUGAACACUCUUUCUGAGUUUAUGAACCGCAUGGAGCAAAACCUGGCACAAAACGGUUACCAGACAAAUUUAUCUUCAAACAAUACGGGUGACCAGCCAAGGAUGGACUUACCUUCCAAUACACAGGGUCUGCAUACUCCUGAAGCUUUGAGCAUUGUUCUACGUCAUGCAGAACGCCUGCUCAGCAGACAUGCUGUUGCUGCACUUUCUCAUAUUGCAGGACGCUUAGAGCAAGAAGGAGGAUCUUCUGAUCUCACUUUAAGGGGGCAAAUUCAGUCAGAAUCUGUGCAAGUAGGAUUCGCAAUGCAACAUUUAGGUGCUCUUCUUCUUGAGCUUGGCCGUACAAUACUGACACUGCGGAUGGGGCAGACUCCUGCAGAAUCUGUUGUGAAUGCUGGGCCUGCAGUCUAUAUUUCUCCAUCAGGGCCUAAUCCUAUAAUGGUUCAGCCUUUUCCCCUCCAGACCAACCCUCUCUUUGGGGGUUCUGUUCCUACAUCCAAUCCCUUGACCUCUGGUCCAGUUGGUGUUGGAAGUGCCCCAAGGAGUGUAAACAUUCACAUACAUACUGGUGCCUCACUUCCACCAAUUGUUUCAGCAGUUGGUGCCAGGGGAAGUAAUGGAGAGGGGAUGCUGGCAGAACGCCGUAAUGGAGCUGGUUCCAAUGAUUUGGGUGCAUCGCGGAUGCUUCCUGUAAGGAAUAUAAUUGCUGCUGCUGUACCAUCACACCCUAGUGGUGUUCCAAUUUCCAGUGCAGCACAACCUGGUCCAGGAAUUGCUGUUACACAGCCACCUUCUGACUCUGUUUCUCUGUCCUCAGUUUUAUCUGAAGUUAAUUCGCAAAUUAGAAAUUUAGUUGGUAACAUGCAAGGAGCUCAUGCGGUUCAAUCAGGUCAGGCAGAAUCUAAUGUUCGGAGUUCAUCUGUUGGCUCUGGUAGCAGCAGUUCAGAGAAUGAACAUCCUAGUACCAUGGCAGUCAAUGGAGGUGGAGAAUCUGGUGUGUCAUUACAUGCAUGCACUCCUCAAAUUGAAGGGCAUGAGGAUAGUGGAAGCUCUUCCGGUUCAAAAGAUGAUUCAUCAUGCUCGGUCAAAGGUCCUUGGAUUUGUUCAAGUGGACAAACUGUGAAGUCUGAAGAUGUCAAAGUAAAUGCUCAAGGAUCCAGUGGAAAUGCCAAAGCCGUUCCACUUGGCUUAGGACUUGGAAGUUUGGAGCGAAAGAAGGGCAAGCAACUCAAACCACUGGCAAAAAAUGGUGACAGUGGAACCACUAGCAGUUCCAUCAAUCAAGAUCAGCAAGCAACGAGAACCCAACAGCUUUUACAGUCUCUUGCUGCUCGAAGCUCUGUUGUGAAUAGGAUGACUUCAAAUAAUCCAUCCACCGAACAACAAUCCUCUACAGUUGGCCAGGUCAGAGAUGGAUCAUCAGGCAGUCAAGGUUCUGUUGGCCAAGCUGAUAUGGCAAAUGUUAUGUCUCAGGUUUUGAAUAGUCCUGCUCUCAGUGGAUUGUUGACUGGUGUAUCUGAGCAAACUGGGGUGGGUUCUCCAAAUGUGUUGAGGAACAUGUUGCAACAGUUCACACAGAAUCCACAAAUGAGUAAUGCAAUGAAUCAAAUUGCACAACAGAUCGACAGCCAGGAUGUUGAAAACAUGUUUGCCGGGUUGGGAGGUCAUGGCGGUGGGAUUGAUUUUUCGAGGAUGUUCCAACAGAUGAUGCCUAUUGUGUCCCGUGCUCUUGUGUCUGGGUCAACUGCCCCUCAAUCACUCUCUGCUAUGGAGCCUCAGCCAGAGCCACAGUACAAUCAACAGAACCUGAGCAGAGAUGAGCACGACGAACAAAAUUUUCAGGUUGACCUUCAACAAGUGGCUCAGAGGAUUGGGCACCUGGAUUCUCCUGAAGAUGCUUUUCGUGCUCUUGUUGAAAAUUCAUUUUGGUCAUGUGGUGGAAGCAGUGGUCCUCAAGAAUUUGUGGAUGACUUAUGCAGCGAGGAGGAUCUUGCUAGUGAAUAUGUGGAGUUGUUACAGCAAGACAUACAACGGCGGCUUCAGGAUGAUUCCGGGCAGGACAGGUCUUAGUAAUUUCCUACAUGAUUGUAUCCCCUUACAUCUCCGAUUAGCUUAUGUAGUUUCCUGGACCGAUCAGGGCUGCCCAACUUUACUUGUGGCUUUAGGCGCGCAAAAAAAAAAAAAGAAAAAAGAAAAUUAGGCUUUUUUGCUUGAAUAGUGUUUUUAUAUACAUUUUGAGAAUUUAUAAAUGUUUACAAUAUAUUUUAUUCUACUUUUUGCUUUGAAUAUAGUGAAGAUGUUUGUGGCUUUAAUAA